AUGAAUUUUCUCCUCCAUUUUCGUUAGUGUUUCAUUCCAACCCGGGACCUGCGCGUAAGUUUGGGUAACUUUUAUUGUGAAGGAUCCGGGGCGGAAGAGAAGUUUGUGUUGUCGUUUUAGGCAGGCGAUUACAGGGUGUGGGUAUUACGCAGAGGAGAGGCACAUUUCAUUUGUCUGCAUUUUAGAGGAAGAUGUCCCGUUUCAAAAGGGAGGGUAAUGUGGACAGUCUGGCGGGCUUUCGAACCCCAAAACCGGAGGCAGCUGUUCCCUACGGGCUGCUAAAGGCAGCCAGGAAAAGCGGCCAGCUCAAUCUGUCCGGCCGAGGCUUGACUGAAGUUCCUCAGAAUGUGUAUCGACUUAACGUUGAUGAACCAGCGGAAGCCCAGGAGAACGUAUCGUUUGGAGGAUCAGAUUGCUGGUGGGAACAGACCAACCUCACCAAACUUCUGCUGUCGUCCAAUCAACUAACACAGAUGUCUGAAGACAUCAAACUCUUACCUGCACUAACUAUACUGGAUCUUCAUGACAACCAGCUGAGCAGUUUACCCAGCGCUCUUGGAGAGCUGCAGGAGCUUCUGCAGCUGCGACUAAGCCAUAAUAAGCUGUCAUCGCUGCCAACAGAGGUGUGUUCCCUGAACAACCUUCGUUCCCUCACACUACAGCAGAAUCUCCUGGAAACUGUGCCAGAGGAAAUAGGAGAGCUGGGGAACCUGACAGAGCUGGAUCUGUCCAACAACCUUCUGAAGCGUCUGCCCUCCAGUGUUGGCCGUCUCUCAGCUCUGCAGAAAGUAUCCCUUUGUCACAACAAGCUGAGCAGUCUGCCUGACAGCCUGGGCCAGCUGGCAAACGUGAAGCUCCUGGACUGCAGCCACAAUGAGCUGACUGAUGUUCCCGUCAGCCUGGCCGGGAUGCUGGCUCUGGAGCAGCUCUACCUGCGACACAACAAGCUACGCCGACUGCCGCAGCUGCCUGCACCCUCUCUCAGGGAAGUGUUUGCUGGGAACAACCGGUUGGAGCUGCUGGAGGCCGAGCAGCUGUCCUGUCUCUCUGCUGUGACUCUUCUAGAACUGAGAGACAACAAGAUCAGAAAUCUUCCUGAAGAACUCACGCUGCUGCUCACUCUGACCCGGCUGGACCUCACUAACAACGACAUCAGCAUCAGUCUUCCCGCCUCUCUGAGCCUGCUGCCCAACCUGAAGGUGUUGCUUCUGGAGGGAAACCCUCUCCGUGGAAUCAGGAGGGAACUUCUGACUAAAGGAACUGGUGACCUUCUGAAAUAUCUAAGAGGAAGAAUUAAAGAGGAGGCUGAGGGAGCGGCUGAGCCCACUGCCAUGACGUUACCGUCUGAAGGUCUGGUCAACACGCACAACAUCAAAACUCUGAAGACGUUGGAGUAUAGUAACAAGCAGGCAGCCAGUGUUCCAGACGAGGUGUUUGAUGCUGCAGCGCAUCAGGCCGUCACCUCUAUUAACUUCAGCAGGAACCAGCUGACAGCUUUCCCACCCCGACUGCUGGAGCUCCGCUCCUCGCUGUCAGACAUCAACCUGGGCUUUAACAGGCUGAGCUGCUGUUCUGCUGACAUCUGCUCCCUCCAGCAGCUCACACACAUUGACCUCAGGAACAACCAGCUGACUGAUUUACCCUCUGAAAUGAAGAACCUUUCCAAACUACGAUGCAUUGUGCUAAACUACAACAGGUUCAACUCCUUCCCUGAAGCUUUGUAUCAGAUUGUAUCCUUGGAGACGGUGAUGCUGGGGAACAACCAGGUGGGUGGGGUAGAUCCCAGCCGUCUGAUGCAGCUGCUCAGUCUGUCCACCCUGGAUCUGUCCAACAAUGACCUGCUCAGCGUCCCUCCUGAACUGGGCCUGUGUACCAGCCUCAGAUGCCUGAGUCUGGAAGGGAAUCCUUUCCGCACACCCAGAGCAGCCAUUGUUGCCAAGGGAACGGAUGCAGUGUUGGAGUACCUGCGCAGCCGCAUCCCUACAUGAGGCAUGAACUCACCUGAUGGUUCAGCAAAAAGGAUCAAAUCUUUUUUUCUUUCAAAAUUUAUCACAUUUUUAAAAGAUAUUUGUUGCCUUUGUUUGGUGCUAAAAUCCAGAGUUGUUUUUGUAAAAGUGGAAUGUCCAAAACCUUCUAAGAAGUUAUUUCAGGACAUAAAGAGCUCUCUCUCUUUUCA